GGUGGUAUUAAGGCGCCCCUGCUCGUUGGAUCAUCAAUUAUCAUCAACACAAGCCAGUUGGAACCACUCGCUCUCUUGCGCGAGAGGACCCGAAAAGUAUCAUCUUUAUGUAACAUAUUGAAAUAAUGUUGAUACUGUAAACGUUCUCUAGAGUGAAAAGCAGUUUGCAAUAAAGCCACUAUUUAUUGCCUAAAUGUUGGUCCCUCAUAGUAAUUCAUAGGAAUAUAAAUAUGUGCAGUAUUAGCAAUACCUUAGCAGAAUAAAUAUGGCUAUUAAAUAAGGGUUUGAAGGUGAAAAGUAAGGCAUUUGUAGGUGAACAAUCACCUUUGAUGGUAUAUUCUAUAGAAGUAAAAUGUUUUAUUGUUCACACAGUCUCAGGACCUCAGUUGGAGUUUAAAUGUGUAUGUUAGUUAAUGGUGGUAAUUGUAAACUGGUAUAUCCACAUGGAAUUACCUCAUCAGACUGUUUACCUGUGUUUGCAAACAAUUUAUUUAAACGAAAAGGUCAAACAUUAACCCUCGCAAACAGAACAAAAAGGGCAAACGUUUACCCUUGCAUUUCUUCUGAUUUGUCAAAAAGUAAGUACCUCAAGGCAAUUUUAUAUAAAUAGCACAUUUCGUACACAGGGGUAAUUUAAUGUACUUUACAUAAACAAGAGCAGAUAGUACAUAAAAGCUUAAAAGGGCAGUAGUUCGAAAUAGUUAAAAGACAUAAAAGACAACAUACAAUAAUUAAAAAAUUAAAAAUUGUGCAGCCAGUGAUGGUGAUCAUUGUCAAACGCUCAGAGCAACCACACUCUUAUGGAGAUUCUUGAAGUAAUCCCAAACUGUGCACGAACACAUAUAGUUCCUUUCAGGGUCAGAAUACCCAAUCCCAGGGCCGAUGGAUUACACUGUGUCCAGCCACAUGUCCCUGAAGGAUGAGGAAUCUUAUAGUCAUGGACAGUGGGUCAGCAAAGGACAAGUGCCAUUCAGUGCUGGACCACAGACACAUAGACCAGUGUCUCCAGUGCCCAGCUGUGUGUCCAUGAAGAGUGACUGGUCUAUGGAUCAGCCUCCCAAACUCAGCAGUGGACCGCCCCAAACAGAUAUGAAUGUUGGGCGGAACAAUUUAACUGAGCAUGCUCCAGUCAACAGGGCUGAAUUAACAGAUAACCAUGUCUUGACCAGAGUGCUGAUGACCCAUAAAGACAGUAUGAAGAAGAAGUUUGAGAGCAUAUGUGAAGGCAUCAUAAGGUCAAGGACUCAAACACUCCUGAACAAGAUCUACACAGAGCUCUACAUAACAGAGGGAGAGAGUGAAGGGGUGAACAAUGAACAUGAGGUUUGGCAGGUAGAGUCAGCAUCCAGGCCACAAUCUACAGAAGACACUCCAAUCAACUGCAAUGAUAUCUUCAAGCCCUUACCUGGACAGGAGAGACACAUCAGAACUGUGAUGACCAAGGGGAUUGCUGGCAUUGGAAAAACUGUCUCUGUGCAGAAGUUCAUCCUUGACUGGGCAGAGGAGAGAGCUAACCAGGAUGUAGAUUUCAUGUUUGUGCUUCCGUUCCGUGAGCUGAAUUUGGUCAAACAUGAUCAGUACAGUCUUCACAGGCUCCUGCUUGACUUCCACCCUGAGCUUAGGGAGCUACAGGAUGAUGAAUACAAAGACUGCCACAUUGUAUUCAUCUUUGAUGGUCUGGAUGAGAGUCGACUUGCACUGAAUUUCCAAGGAAACAAGAAACUGUCUGAUGUGACACAAACAUCAUCAGUGGAUGUCCUGAUGACGAGCCUCAUUCAUGGAAUUCUGCUUCCCUCUGCUCUCAUCUGGAUAACCUCCCGACCAGCAGCAGCUAGUCAGAUCCCUUCUCAGUUCAUCAGUCAGGUGACAGAAGUACGAGGGUUCAAUGACCCACAGAAGGAAGAGUACUUCAGGAAGAGGAUCAGUGACCAGAAUCAAGCCAACAGAAUCAUCUCGCACAUUAAGGCAUCCAGGAGUCUUCACAUUAUGUGCCACAUGCCAGUCUUCUGUUGGAUCUCAGCCACUGUCCUUCAGCAAAUACUGCAACAGGAUGAUGGGAAGGAAGCCCCUAAAACUCUGACUGAGAUGUUCAUACACUUCUUGCUCAUCCACCACCAGGAAAACCAGAAAUAUCAGGAGGAACAUGAGACAGAUAGACAGGGGCUCCUGGAAUCCCACAAGGGUGUCAUAUUGAAACUGGCAGAGCUGGCUUUCAAGCAUCUGGAGAAUGGCAAUCUCAUGUUCUACGAGGAAGACCUUAGAGAGUGUGGUAUUGAUGUCAGUGAAGCUUCAAUGUUCUCCGGCAUGUGCACUGAGAUCUUCAGGGAAGAAUGUGUGUUUCACCAGAAGAAUGUCUACUGCUUUGUGCAUCUGAGCAUCCAGGAGUUUCUUGCUGCACUUCAUUUGUUUGCCUCCUACAUGAGUAAGAACAUGGAGGUCCUGAAACCAUUUCUUAGCAAAAAGUCCAGGUCUUUGCCCAAUGUACCUCUAGAUGAGCUGCUGAAGAAUGCAGUGAACAAAGCGUUGGAAAGCAAAAAUGGACACCUUGAUUUGUUUGUUCGUUUCCUUCAUGGCAUUUCUCUGGUGUCAAAUCAGAGACUUUUACUUGGCAUCUUGACCUACACACACAGCAGCCCAGAGAGUGUGGAGAAAACAAUUAAUAACCUGAAGUUGAUGCAGAGACCAAAUAUCUCCCCUGAGAGGUGGAUAAAUCUGUUCCACUGCCUGGUGGAAAUGCAUGACUCUUCUGUUCAAGAUGAAAUCCAGGCUUUCCUGAAGGAAGAGAAAGGUGCCGUGAAGCAGCUCUCACUGGUUCACUGUUCAGCCUUGGUUCAUGUGCUUCUGAUGUCUGAUACAGUGCUGGAUGAGUUUGACCUGAACAAGUACAAAACCUCUCCAGAACGUGCCAAGAGACUGUUUCCAGCCAUGAGAUGUUGCAGAAAGGCUCUACUUGCUGGCUGUAAGCUAAUGGAGACGUCUUGUGAGAUUGUGGCGUCAGUUCUGCAGUAUGCAAACUCCUCCUUACGGGAACUGGACCUCAGUCAGAAUGACCUGCAGAUGUCAGGAGAAAAGCUGCUGUCUGCUUUACAGAGUCCAAACUGCAGCCUGGAGACCCUUAGACUGGUUGGUUGUAAGCUAACAGAGGAGUCUGGAGCUCAGCUUCUUGCUGCCGGACUAAGUAGCCCUAACUGUAAACUGCAGACUUUAAGACUUGCUGGUUCUAAACUCACAAAGAAAUCCUGUAAAGUUGCAGCCCCUGCUUUGCAGUCCGCAAUCUCUCUAAAGGAACUGGACCUGAGUCACAAUGACCUGAACGAGUCUGGAUUUCAUUGUCUCACUGCGGGACUUAGUAGCCCCAACUGUAUACUGACGAGUUUAAGGCUCGAUCUGUGCCACCUCUCUAAAGCAAGCUGUGGAAUGAUGGCAUCUGUACUGCAAAGUGCAGCUUCCCAUCUGAGAGAACUGGACAUGAGUGACAAUGACCUGCAGGAUGAAGGAGUGGAGCUGCUUUGUGUGGGACUAAGAGAACCACAAUGCAAGCUGGAGACACUGAGACUCUCUGGUUGUCUCAUCACACAUGAGGGCUCUUUUCUCUUGUCCUCUGCCCUCAAAUCAAACCCUUCCUACCUGAAACAGCUGGAUCUGAGCUACAAUUACCCAGGAGACUCGGGUGUCAGAGAGCUCACACACAGACUGGAUGAUCCCAACUGUAAGCUUGAGACUUUCAGGUAUGACCAUGGAGGAGAGUGCAGGAUUAAACCAGGACUGAAAAAAUAUGCCUGUGAGCUCACACUGGACCCAAACACAGCACACAGAAUUAUCUCUCUCUCUGAGGGGAACAGAAAGGUGAUAUAUGUGAGGGAGGAGCAGCCGUAUCCUGACCACCCAGAGAGAUUUGACUACUGUUAUCAGGUGCUGUGUAGAGAGGGUCAGUCUGGACGCUGCUACUGGGAGGCUGAGUGGAGUGGCGAUGGGGCAGAAGUAGCAGUGGCCUAUAAAAGCAUCCAGAGAAAAGGGAGGGGUGAUGACUGUGGGUUUGGACAUAAUGACACGUCCUGGAGACUGAGGUACUCUGGUAACAGUUACUCUGCCUGGCACAAUAAUAAGAAGACUGCCAUACCUGACCCCUCCUCCCGCUCCAGCAGAGUAGGAGUGUACCUGGACUGGCCAGCAGGCACUCUGUCCUUCUACAGCGUCUCCUCUAACACACUCACCCACCUGCACACGUUCCACUCCACAUUCACUGAGCCCCUCUAUCCUGGGUUUAGGUUUGGAUAUUAUGACUCCUCAGUGUCCCUGUGCCAGAUCACAUGACUUCCUAAUCCUGCAGGAGAGGAGAGCCACACACUCCUGUUUACACGUUCCUAUGUGUGUGUGUGUGUG